UUGUUGACAAUUCUAAAUUUGGUUGCCAACGAAGAUUCCUUUGAUUUGCAAGGGAGGAGCGUGGAGGAACUAGAAGAAAAGGUAUACAGGAUUUUAAAGCAGAAGAGGUAUCUCCUGGUAUUGGAUGAUAUGUGGGAUGCUAAAGCUUGGGAUGACUUAAAGAGAGUAUUUCCUGAUGAUAAGAAUGGUAGUAGAAUUAUACUUACAAGUCGGAUUCAAGAAGUAGCUGUUCAUGCAAGUGAAGACACUCCUCCCCACUGCCUGCGUUGCUUGAGUAUGCAUGAAAGUUGGGAGCUUCUAAGCUCAAAGAUCUUUGUGGGUGGUGAAUCCUGCCCUCAGGAAAUGGUGGAGGUUGGAAAGCAAAUAGCCUAUAAAUGCCAUGGUCUGCCACUAACUAUAGUUGUUUUAGGAGGUCUUCUGUCAAAGAUGAGCAAGAAAAUAGAUGUUUGGGAAUCAGUUGCCAAAUGUGUGGGGUCACUGUUGAUGGAAGAAGCAGAACAGUGUCAACACAUACUUGCUUUGAGUUACAACCAUUUGCCUGAUUUCUUGAAACCAUGCUUCCUUUACAUGGGUAUGUUCCCGGAGGAUUAUGAAGUAUCAGUAAAGAAAUUGACACGGUUGUGGGUUGCGGAAGGAUUUAUCUGGUCUACUACUCAUAAGAGCUUGGACGAAAUUGCUGAGAAUUAUUUGGCAGACCUUAUAGCUAGAAGUUUAAUAUUGGUCAAAAGGAGAAGUUCUCGUGGUACGGUCAAGACUUGCUACGUCCAUGAUUUGAUGUGA